CGCGGCUGGGCGCGGAGUCGGGAGCGGGAGUGGAGAGGACGCCGACCCUGCAGGAGGGCCUGGGACCCCGGCGACGGCCGAAGUCGGCGGGCACGCAAGGUCUCCACGGCUUCCCGGACGUCUCUCGCGCAGCCGCCGGACGGGAAGACGGACAACAAAGUAACGACAACUCCGUGUGCUACUUAAAUAGUAAAGGACGGAGAUUCUGAAGACAGGAGAAUUUACUGCCUAUCUUGCUAUCCCUCUGGAGCACAUAAUUGAUUUUUGAAAUGGCUGCAGCUCCUCAAGCACCAGGGAGGGGAUCUGUUCGUAAGACGAGACCUUUAAUUGUAAAGACAUCGCUGAACAAUCCAUACACUAUUUGCUGGAGCCCCCUGGAGAGAGAGGAUAUGCACUUUAUAUUACAGACUCUUGAAGACAAGUUUAAAUCGCUUGGAUUUCAGAAGAUUGAGGAUAAGAAGAAAAAGAAAAAAACAACUUUCCUAAAAAAACAAAGCAGAGAGAAAUGCAGCAUAGACGUUGAAAUUAGUGAGGAUCUGGAGGGGAAAAAGCCAGACGCUAACCAGCAAGUGUCAGGGUGGACACCUGUGCUUGUGAGGAAGCAGCUGGCCAUUGGCGUUAAUGAAGUUACCCGCGCCCUGGAGAGGAAUGACCUGCUUUUAGUGCUAGUGUGUAAGUCGGUCAAGCCUGCCAUUAUCACCUCCCACUUGAUUCAGUUAAGUUUAAGCAGAACUGUCCCUGCCUGUCAGGUUCCCCGGCUCAGUGAGAGAAUUGCCCCUGUCAUUGGCUUAAAAUGUGUUCUAGCCUUGGGGUUCAAAAAAAACACCACUGACUUUGUUGAAGAAAUAAGAGCUAUCAUUCCCAGAGUACCCUGCUUAAAUGUGCCAUGGCUUCAAGACAGGAGUGAAGAUACUGGGGAAAAUUUAGAGACUGAAUCUUUGGAAAGCCAAGACAAAGAGAUUUUGGAAACUUCAUUUGAAGACAUCUCAAAACAUAAGAGAAAGCUUGUUGAAGGUCAGCAGGCUUCUGCGGUCACAUUGCAACCCCUUAAAAUAAAGAAACUGAUUCCAAACCCUAAUAAGAUAAGGAAACCACCCAAAAGUAAAAAAAGUACUUCAAAGUAAUCUUGUAUAACCUUGUCAUUUUGUAUAAUUUGUAAAAGGACACUUUGUAGAAAAGCCCUGAAACUAACAAAAUGAGUUACAUUUACAUGUAUUCUUAGGAUUCUGUUUGGUAAUGUUCCUUUCAAAUGUGUAAGACUUUGUACGGCACGUAUAUGCUGAAGCUUAAAAACACUAAGUGCAGAAAAUAUUCAAAAACAUAAAUAUCAAAACAAAAGUUUAUUGAAA